AUGCAGGUAAGUGUCACUGGACAAGUACUGAUUAAUAAUACAGUUAAUGUGGCAGACGGCUUGAUACAUUGUGAGCUCUCUCGAUUUAUCACAGGGGAACAUAACAUGGGAGACUCUCUUCCCAUUUACUAAUCAAUCACUAAUGGGAUCAAUCACUAAUAGGAUCAAUACUGGCUGCUGCAGUUGCGAUAGAAAUACACGUUGACACAACUGCAAGCCCCUCAGGCAUACAGUGCAACACACCUAUAUAUUCAGCAACACCUCUAUAAAUACACACAUGGACUUAUAGCAGCACACAAUCAUAAGAUGUUAAACAAUACAAUAAAUAACAAUAACUGGGCAUCUUCCAUCUGUAACUAUUAUUAUUAUUAUUACUUGUCAGAGAGUUACAUCAUACUAUGAUAUUGGCGAUUUAUGCAAUAAAUGGUGACAACGUAUAGUGAUUGCUACAUCAUCCUAGACUAUAAAGUAUUCCCACACAGUACAUGGUGCAAAUGUAUUUUAACCCCUUCACACCCAACAAAUGACUCUCAGAGAAGUAAUUUUGUGUUAUGAAAAAAGUGCGAUCUAUGAAUACUGACUUUAAAAAUAUACAUAACUUUUCAUGUUAAAAAACAUAAUUUUUUAUUUAAAUGCUAAAGUUUCUGGCAGGAUAAACUAUAUGUUGAAAUGUUGAAUGACGUCCCGUGUUGUUGAUAUUCUGGAUUAUAAUAACAAUGAGAGUGUGAGUUUAUUACAUAGUUAAUAAUAAUGCAUUGCACUACAUAUAGAUUACACACAAUACAAGAUUUAUCAAAGUGUUGCCCACGUGUUUGUUUGUAAUGUUUUGCUAAUUUAAAAACUUUGGGUCGUUUCAUAUAUUGCUUUGUUUGUGUAUCCAUCAUUUUUGAAUGCAUGUCCUACGUAUGGCGAUGCAACUGAGUAAUCAAUGUUUCACCAUUAGCAAUAUGGCUGUUUUCAUGAAUACAAUGCAAAUAAUAAUGUAACCAUCCUACACCUUAUCUCUAGGGUCUCAGACACAUUAAUAAAAGUACAUAAACAAUAAGAAAUCGGGUUACAAGCACAAUUCAAACCAUCUGAUAAUUGGAUAUUUACAAACAGAAAAUGUUUAUGAAAUGGUGGAGUUUUCCCCCCGUUAAAUAUUGACCUAUGUAUUGUAAACCGAAUUGCUAAAUUACACAUUAAGCUGAUUUAGAAUCAUUUCAGCAUCUUGCCUAUUCAGCUUGAUUUUAUAUUCACAGCAAUUUGUUGUUUAGUGGAUAAACCCCAGUAUUUUAUGUAGCGAUGAUCACUGGGAUAUGUAAAGGAAUGUCGGGAAGCAGCGCUUUCAAAUGAAGUCACUUUUCUGGAGCUAAAGAUCACCUCCAGAUCACUGGGCCUGGACGGUACAAUCCCGUCUGUGGAUUAAAUGCUGCCCUGUGAUUGACCACCUGCUGUGGGAGCCAGCGAGUCUAUCUACUACAGGGAUGGGCUGUGUUGAUGUAACCAGAGGUGGCUCUGAGGGGACAGGGGGUCCAACCAAGAUAACCUUUUGUUGUCAUUGUGUAUUGGCACAGGGGGAGGUGGUAACUAGUGUUAGGAAUCGCUUUGUAGCUUUGUAGUUGUUUUCCUAUUGGUGAGUGUUUUGUGUAACGUUUGUUUUACUGAAUCUUACAAUCUUUGUAAACAAUAAACAGUCAGAGUCUGAAGAGUUGUCUCUUCCUUGAGGUCUCACAAGAUAUGGCUAUUCAUUGUCCUCUAUAGCAGUGUUCCCCAACCCAGUCCUAAUGGACCACCAACAGUCCAGGAUUUGUGUAUUUCCCUGUUUUAUUCCAAUGGAGAUACUGACAAAACCUGGACUGUUGGUGGUCCAUGGGUUGGGGAGCACUGCUCUAUAGAGUAAUUACUAAUAAGACUGGAUGGAUAGAAUAUCACAUAGUAACCAGAUAUCAGCUCAGUAUUUCCUGCGUACACUACGCAUUUAGUGGAGCAGUUAUGUAAAAAGAAUCCCCACGGACGAUGUAUUAAGGCUAUAUCGUCACAAGGUGUCUUUAGGCCAGUAGUUGGCGUCAGCCACAGUAGCAGAAGUUUUAGAUUUAUAGAAUAACAAUACACUGAUUGGGAAUACUUCUACUGUGGCUGACGCCAACUACUGGCCUAAAGACACCUCUUCUUAUAAGACCAGGACCAUCUACACAUCCACAGACGGGGAUUGGACUGUCCAGACGCAGUGACUUCAUUUACGACCAGAAGGAAGAGACUCUGGUUUGAAAAGUUAAAGCUGCUACAUAUACAACGAGAAAGCCGAAGAAAUCCUUUUAAUUUUUUUAUUUUACAUUUGAUCACUGGGAUACGAGACACUGUAGGCACCAAAACAACUUUAGCUUAAUUAAGUGGUUUUGGUGUUAUUAUCACUCUGCUGUCUAAAUGCACCUUAUGGCACAGUGUGUUUGAUUUAGAAAGCUCUGUUUAUUGCCUGCUAGAGUUCGCAACUGCCUCCUGUAUGUGUGAUUAGAGUUCA